AUGACUGAAAACCUAUUAGGUUAUUUAUCAUUAGGAAUAAGAGCUGAUGAAGCAAAAGACAUUGCUUUUAAUGCUGGAAUUAAAGCUGAUUCAUUUCCAUGUUAUCCUUAUAAUACUGGUGUGAAUUUAAAGCUAAUAAUGUCUAUUUCAAAUAUUAUAGCACAAACAAAAGUUUUCGAGUUAUUUACAGUAAAUUUCAAUGACUUAGUUAAGGAAGGAUCUGUAAUUCAAACAGUUAUGGUACAUCCAGUUCCACCAAAAAUCCGUGGCCAACAAGAGAAACAUGGAAACCUCGAAGUAACAUCUUUAAUGGGUGAACAAUUCUUAUUUACUGCUGGAAUUGUAUUCUGCGCUCAACUAUGGAAGAAAGGAUCGACUAAAACGAGUGCAAAAUCUUGGUCAUGUGCUAUUCCAGUUAACAGGACAUGGAUAACAAAUAGAAAUGAGAGAAGAAACUUUCUUCCUCUUCAUUAUCGACAAGAAGUUUUCAGAUUGACACCUGAAUUCGGUCAAAACUAUCGGGCUCAAAUAGUAAAAGUUUUUAUGAUGAAAAAAAGAAAUGCAACACAACAGCAUUAA